UUGUAUACGGCCGCUAGUGCGACAGCAGGAAGCUUUGCCGUAGCCCUGGACGGCUCGCCAUACGGCUCCUUCUCCAUCUCCAAGGAAGAGGGUCAAGACGAGCCCUGUGCUGCGCGGUUGAUUGUCGAUAUUAAUAGUUUGCCUGCUACCCAACAUACUCUCAAAGUCACCGUCAUCGAGGGCCUCACGGAUGGCGGACUCAACUUUGUAUUCGCUGGAUUUGGUCUCUCGUCUGUCUCGUCGAAUUCGUCGCGGUUGACGAAUCCCACUGCGGCUGUGACUCCUACUCCCAAGUCCAAUAUCGGGGCGAUCGUAGGAGGAGUCCUGGGUGGUCUAGCGGGUCUUUCCCUCAUCGUACUCGGUCUCUUCUUCCUGCGCAGGCGCCGCAUCGCUGCUGCCAAAGAGGCCAGUCAACCCGUCAGCCCCUCCAAAUCCGUCGAGGACGAUCAACAGACGCUGUGCGGCAUUGAAGCAGACAAGCAAGCGGCUGCCAAAGUCUAA